GUAACUUGCUAAAGUUUUGUGUGAUCUCACGAUUUCCGAAAACAGAUUUCCAAUCAUUUUAAGAUGCGAACAGCGAUCUGGGUUCUAACCCUCGUAGCUAUCGCCGCUGCAGAACUAGGUGACCCAUGGGUAGAAGAAGAAGAUUUAGAUGAACAAUACAAUGAUUAUAAAGAAGAAAAUCAUGAUAGAAAGAAACGGGACGCAUACGUUGAAGGGCCUUUCGAAGAACAUGUAAGAAUCAAACGUGGUUGGAAAGAUGAGCCAAGCGAACUAAAGGAUCGAGAGCGACGCGCGGCAGAUCCUAAGUUACAUCAAUACGAAGUCCAUGAACACAAUGACGAAGGAUCCUUACCAUCACCUCCGUAUGAGGAGAUGUUAGUGGCGAGUGCUGAGCAUUAUCACAAAGUAUACGUUGCUCCACCAAAAGGACGUAACUUAAGCCCUGAAGUGCAACCUGGUCCGCUUACUUUCGGAGUUAAUCCUGUACCUGAAGCUUUCAAAGUUGCUGCACCAGUGUCUUUCUCAGUAUCUCAUGCUCACCAGCCAGCUCAAUUGGCUCCACAAACUGCAGCCCUUCUGAACAAUGAUUUGGCAGCAGCUGCUGGGCAUCAUCACGAAAAGGGGCAUGCCCCGUAUUCCCACAAGUGGACUCAAGGUGGUGGUGACGAACAUCACGGCAAUCAUCACGCUGAGCAUGGUGGAAAGACAACAAAAGGGGGUAACUCCAAGCACUAUGUAGACAAAGGCCAGAAGGGCUUCCGAACCAACCACCUCCAUCGCAAGGAGUACGAAGACGAGGAAGGGCUGAGGAAGAAGCACCACGAUAAAGCCAGCAACAAGGGCCAUCAUGAAGAGGAGGCAUUUGGAUCCAGGGGAGCACACUUUGGAGAGAAGAAGGGACAUAAGAAAGGACAUAAGACCAAAGGCUUCCACAACAAAUACCACAAGGACGAGUUCCAGAAAGAGCACAAGUUCUACGACGACCUGUGGAAGGACGGCGAGCACCACCGCUACGGCAAGUUCAACGCCAAGCACGCCAGCAACGAGAGCGGCAAGAAGAAGUUGCACCAUGUCAACGGCGGACACGACUAUACAGAGCACGGGAAGAAAGGAUACAGCAACAAGGGCCACAUAGACGCAGACCACAAGGGCUACCACGGCAACCACGGCCACGAAGAGCACCAUCAGCACCAUGCGGAGCACGGAAAGAAGGGCAAGAAGAACGAUGGCUCCCAAUGGGGGUAUGCCAAGAAACAUUAGCCCGUAACCUGAUAGAAAUAGGGUCUGUAGUUAUAAAGCAUGUAGCGUGUAAGGUGUUCAGUUUAAUG